AUGCCAGCCAUCAGACACUCCUCGAAACGAAAGCCGCCGCCAGAGGGCUUCAGCGAUAUCGAAGAUGAUCUCUUGAUCUUUGCGAACAAGAUGAAGGAUGCGCAGAACAAACCUCCGCCUCCCGGCCCAAAACACAUGGCGCAGUGGGAAAUCUUCCAGAUUGCGCAUCAGAGAAGCCGCUACGUAUACGAUCUGUACUAUGAGAAGGAGGCCAUCAGCAAGCAACUUUACGAAUGGCUGCUCAAAAAUGGAUACGCUGAUGCGAUGCUCAUCGCGAAGUGGAAGAAGCAAGGUUACGAAAAGCUCUGUUGCUUGCGCUGUGUUCAAACCAAGGAAACCAACUUCAACAGCACUUGCAUCUGCCGAGUACCAAGGGCUCAGCUGAAAGAAGAUAGCGACAUGCAAUGUGUCAGCUGCGGCUGCAGAGGAUGUGCAUCCAGCGACUAA